AUGCCCGUGGUAGUGCCAGCAUUGCGGGUCUGCUAUGUAUUUCUCAAUGUCUUCGAGACGUUCAAGACCCUGAGACUUCCUCCGCCUUCUACGCGCAAUGGCGGACAGCCCAGUGCUCGCGCCGUGAGUCAGAGAAAGCGUGCUAUGAAGGGUUGUAUGGCCGUCUGGAUAGUAUGGUGCUGUUUCUCAUUGUACGAAAGAUUACUAGAUGGUGUAGUCAGGGUUUUCAUUCCUUUUUACGACGAGAUAAAGUCUCUUGUCUUGCUUUUCUUCCUAUUAACUCGCGCCCGGGGGGCUGAGCCCAUAUAUCUGCAUUGUCUUCGCCCUCUCAUCAAACCUCAUGUCGCGACGUUGGACGCUUUCUUGGAAUUCGGAACAUCUCUUGGCGACUUGAUGUUGCUAUUGUCAGCUAUUCCAGUCGACUUCCUUAGGGACGUCUACCGCCGAUGGUACCCUUCACCUCCUGCUUACUCGCGGGGCGAAUAUAAGAAUUCGACCCGCAGCUCUGCCUCUUCGGUCAAACAGGCAGUCGGUGGACCAGAACGUCCUGCCAAUGAUUACGACGUAGGCAAACGUCCAUAUCCACCAGACGGGGGUUCGAGGAGUGCACCAGAGCCUUCGUCGUACCAGAUAUGGUAUCCUCCACCUGCUUCCUACGACGCUCCUCCCCCAUCUUCCUACGGUGCUCCGGUCAUCAAUCCUCUUUCAGGACUACCCACGCCUCCAACUGAGAAUCCUCCCACAUAUGCCAUUGCCGUUUCAUCGGGAACAGCGUCGACGGAUGAGUGGAGACAAUACCCUCCUUUCCCUUCAGCGUAUCCUCCGACCCCGUUACCCACAUCUUCAAAACUGGCUUCUGUCAUUGUCGCUCCCGUUCCCGUACGACCCUCCAGUGGCGUGCCAUUCUCGGAUAUUCCCGAAGAACUUAUGGAGCGCGAGGAUCCUGCUGUGUUUCCCAACGUUAGUGCACACACAGCCCCAUUGAACCAGCAGGAUUUUCAGAGGUCGCUCCAGUUGCCGCGUGAGUUAUCGAAUCCCAACUCCGAUGGCGGCUUGAGCGACGACGACGAUAUGCAUGGGAUUCAAUCCGAUCAUGAUGUUGCUAUGAGCGCUGAUGAGGCUAUGGACGAUAUCGUGGAGGAAGAGGAGGACGACUUUGACGUGACUUUGCGCACGCCUUAUUCGUUGCGUCAACGUAUAGUGCCCCCGCCAAUCAUCUUACUUCCUUCGAUAUCAAUCGACAGCCAGGCCAGCAAGUCAACACGACUAAGCACUACUGACGACGGGUCCUCAUUACGCACUAGGACGAACUCCGACGCGUCUGUAGCGCGAUCUGAUACUUCGUCGGUGACUGGUCGCAAGCGUCGUCUGCUACACCCUGAGGAUGGGGAUGUGAAGAGACGAACCAGGUCCAUGGGGAAGCCUCAACCGUCGAAGCUACCAUUGCACGUGAAACCACGAGCUGCUCCUCGAGUCCCAGAAAUUGCGCAGGAUUCAUCUGCUAGCACUGACACCGAAGACACAGGCACGACCGAUAGCGAUAUCAGCAACAGUGCAUCCGUGCAGCACAAGAGGCGAAAAGUCGCAUUACCCCCGGAAUUGCCACGUGCAGUCUCCAAGCCAAUAGCCACGACGAGAACAAGGACGAAGGUAUCGAGUACGACUCGUACUAGUAAGGCAGGUACAGUCCCUACCCGCCCUCGUUCCACUCGUUCGUUGGCACAUCUAGCAGGCAGUCGAGAGAACGCCACCUCUCUGCCAUUACGGAAUGUUGCUGCAGGCAAACCAGGUGGGAGCAGGACUUCCAACAUGGCGGUGGGGAAGAAGAGUGUGGCAUAG